GCGUCAGGUUAAAGGCAGUCUCCACACUGGCCCCAUGUUGGUCACUUGCCAUGUGGCGCUUCAGCGGUCGUCCGGGACUGUGCACUGUACAGCGACUGAGCUGCGGGGUACAUCACAAAGUAUGGAGGGAGAAGAGUGAUCAAGCCUGCCAGCGAGCUCUUCAGUAUAAAGUGGGCGAAAAGAUCCAUGGAUUCACCGUAAACCAGGUCACCCCUGUCCCGGAACUGUUCCUGACAGCAGUAAAGCUCAGCCAUGACAGCACGGGAGCCAGAUACCUGCACCUGGCGAGGGAAGACAAAAAUAACUUAUUCAGUGUACAGUUCCGCACGACCCCAAUGGACAGCACUGGAGUCCCCCAUGUUCUUGAGCAUACCGUCCUCUGCGGGUCUCAGAAGUACCCAUGCAGAGAUCCUUUCUUCAAAAUGCUCAACAGGUCACUGUCCACGUUUAUGAAUGCCUUCACAGCCAGCGAUUAUACGAUGUAUCCGUUCUCCACACAAAAUCCCAAAGAUUUUCAGAAUCUCCUCUCAGUGUAUUUGGAUGCAACUUUCUUCCCAUGCUUGAGGGAACUGGACUUCUGGCAGGAAGGAUGGCGACUAGAACAUGAGAAUCCAAGUGACCCUCAGACCCCCUUGAUCUUUAAAGGAGUCGUCUUUAAUGAGAUGAAAGGGGCGUUUACAGACAAUGAGAGGAUAUUCUCCCAGCACCUUCAGAACAAGCUUCUUCCUGACCACACGUACUCUGUGGUCUCCGGUGGGGACCCACUCUGCAUUCCAGAGCUCACGUGGGAGCAGCUGAAACAGUUCCAUGCUACUCACUAUCACCCAAGCAAUGCCAGGUUCUUCACUUAUGGCAAUUUUCAGCUAGAACAGCACCUGAAACAAAUUCAAGAGGAAGCCCUGAGUAAAUUUCAGAAAAUGGAGCAGAGUACAGCGGUGCCAGCCCAGCAGCACUGGGACAAGCCUAGAGAAUUCCAUAUAACGUGUGGCCCAGACUCAUUAGCUACGGAUGCCUCUAAACAAACUACUGUCAGCGUUAGCUUCCUCUUACCAGAUAUCACUGACACUUUGGAAGCCUUCACGCUGAACCUUCUGUCUUCUCUCCUGAUUGCGGGGCCCAAUUCCCCCUUUUACAAGGCUCUGAUUGAAUCUGGACUCGGCACAGACUUUUCUCCCGAUGUUGGAUAUAAUGGCUACACGAGGGAGGCUUACUUCAGUGUUGGCCUCCAAGGGAUUGGAGAGAACGAUGUCAAGACAGUCCGAGAGCUCGUAGACAGGACAAUUGAAGAAGUUAUUGAGAAAGGAUUUGAAGAUGAUCGGAUUGAAGCUUUGCUUCACAAAAUCGAAAUCCAGAUGAAGCAUCAGUCUACCAGCUUUGGCCUGGCCCUGACGUCGUAUAUAGCCUCUUGCUGGAAUCAUGAUGGGGACCCUGUGGAACUCCUGCAGAUGGGAAAUCAGUUGACUAAAUUUAGGCAGUGCCUUAAGGAAAAUCCAAAAUUUUUACAAGAAAAAGUAGAGCAGUAUUUUAAGAACAACCAGCACAAGCUGACUUUAUCCAUGAAGCCAGAUGACAAAUAUUAUGAGAAACAAACACAAAUGGAGACUGAAAAGCUAGAGCAAAAGGUGAAUUCUCUCUCCCAGGCGGACAAGCAGCAGAUCUAUCAGAAAGGUUUAGAGUUACGAACUCAGCAAAGCAAACCUCAAGAUGCCUCCUGUCUCCCAGCACUAAAAGUUUCUGACAUUGAGCCCACCAUGCCUGUCACCAAGUUUGACAUCGGGCUCGCAGCUGGAGACAUCCCUGUGCAGUACUGUCCCCAGCCCACCAAUGGUGUGGUGUAUUUCCGAGCCUUUUCCAGCUUAAACACCCUUCCAGAGGAGUUGAGACCCUAUGUGCCUCUCUUCUGCAAUGUGCUGACCAAGCUGGGUUGUGGCAUCCUUGACUACAGAGAGCAAGCCCAACAGAUUGAGUUAAAGACAGGAGGCAUGACCGUUUCACCUCAUGUGCUCCCUGACGACUCACAGCUGGAUACCUAUGAGCAGGGUGUGCUGUUUUCAUCCCUCUGCCUGGAACGGAACCUGCCAGACAUGAUGCAUCUGUGGAGUGAAAUAUUUAACAACCCAUGCUUUGAGGAAGAAGAGCACUUCAAAGUGUUGGUGAAGAUGACUGCUCAGGAGCUCUCCAACGGCAUUCCAGACUCGGGGCAUCUCUAUGCAUCCCUCAGAGCGAGCAAGACGCUCACACCUUCAGGAGACUUGCAGGAGACUUUCGGUGGGAUGGAUCAGGUGAGGUUGAUGAAAAGAAUCGCAGAAAUGACAGACAUCAAGCCCAUCCUGAGAAAACUCCCCCGGAUCAAGAAGUACCUACUAAACUGUGAUAACAUGAGAUGCUCAGUCAAUGCCACAUCUCAGCAGAUGCCUCAGGCCGAGAAAGAGGUGGAAAACUUUCUUAGAAAUAUUGGCCGCAGCAAAAAGGAACGGAAACCCGUCCGUCCACAUAUUGUCGAGAAACCUACACACAGCGGCCCCCGUGGCUGUGCACACGUUAACGGCUCCCAGAUCGUCAGAAAGCUGAUAACAGACCCCACCUUCAAACCCUGCCAGAUGAAGACACAUUUUGUGCUGCCCUUCCCUGUGAAUUAUGUUGGCGAGUGUGUCAGAACUGUCCCCUAUGCUGAUCCGGAUCAUGCCAGUCUUAAGAUCCUUGCCCGUCUAAUGACGGCUAAAUUCUUGCAUACAGAAAUUCGAGAAAAGGGAGGUGCUUAUGGUGGAGGUGCUAAACUCAGCCACAGUGGGAUUUUCACGCUUUACUCUUACAGGGAUCCAAACUCCAUAGAAACACUCCAGUCUUUUGGGAAGGCUGUAGACUGGGCUAAAUCGGGAAAGUUCACACAGCAGGACAUCGAUGAAGCCAAGCUUUCUGUUUUCUCUGCUGUGGAUUCUCCUGUUGCUCCUUCAGAUAAAGGAAUGGACCACUUCUUGUAUGGCCUCUCUGAUGAAAUGAAGCAGGCGUACCGGGAACAGCUCUUUGCUGUCAGCCAUGACAAACUGACCUCUGUGAGCCAUAAGUACCUUGGCAUCGGGAAGAGCACACACGGCCUGGCUAUCCUCGGACCAGAGAACUCAAAAAUUGCCAAAGACCCAUCAUGGAUCAUAAGAUGAUAAUGAAUCUCUCAUAUUUCUGAGUAUAUGUAAGAAAUCAGAGGCUCUUAAUAACUAAGCCCCUGAACUAAAUUUAAUUUGAAUGAUCACAAGUGUUGCUGUUUUGUUGUUGUUCCAAAAAAUCAUAGUUAUAUUAAAAAUCUGACCAAAGAUGUUUAUUGACUCACAAGUUGGGCAAAACUCUAAGGAAAUACUGUGACCAUGAAGACAUAAAGUUAUCAUGCAUUAAAUGAUAGAGGUGGACAAAUUAAAAUUCUGAAACAUUAC